AUGGCUCCGGCGGCGACCGACGCAGCGCAGCGCUUCAAGCUCGUGAUCCGCGUGCACAGCGCCGAGGAGCUGCAGCACUCGUCGUCCCAGGGCGCCUACUGCAAGCUCUACGUGGGGGCCACGCCCAUGACCGAGGGCAGCCACCGCGGGCUGAGCAAGAAGGACUCGGGCGACUCGACCGCCUCGGGCGAGGACGCGGACGACGCCUGGCAGCUCGAGGUGCGGCGCACGCGCACGCAGCACCAGCAGCCCAACGCGCUGGCGCCGCCCGAGACCAUCUGGGACGAGACGUUCGAGGUGCCCAUCCGCCCGGGGCUGGACCUGGCCACGCAGAUCCUGAGCGUGCGCGUCAAGAGCCAGCACUUGUUCUUCUGCCCCGUGAUCGGCGCGUGCGCCGUCUCGCUGGCCAACUUGUGCCCCGGCGAGCGGCUGGAGCAGUGGUUCCCGCUGCAGAAGGGCAAGAAGCCCGCCGGCCGCAUCCGCGUCAUGCUGCUCAUUGCCCCCGAGGAUAAAGUUUUGAAGGCCAGAAGGAAGCAGCCGAACCAAGACGUGAUGGCGGCGAGAGCGGCCCAUCAUGAGGCGGACGAGGCCAUUAAGAGGCUCGUGGAGAAGCAGCUCAGACAGGAGGCCGAGAGGAGACAGAGACGACUCGAGCGCACGUCCAGCGGACCCCCUGUCGAGGUGAAAAGACCGGAGAACGAUGACGGGGAGGGGGUGAAUAGACACAAGAGAGCGGAGAACGCGACGUGGCCACCCCCUCCGGGGGUGUCGUCCCCCAAGAUGUUGCCACCACUGGGCACCCCCGCGGCGUUCAGAGAUAAUCAAGAUGGGGCGAGUAUGAGACCGAGACUGCCGACUACGGAGCAGUUGCCAGUGCCCCCACCGAUGGAG